AUGAAUUCCAAGCUCUUGCAAACAGAGAAAGAUAUGCGUUCUUUCUCACCAUUGUGGAAUCCAUAUAGAGAUACUCCUUCGACUGAUAUGAUAAAUCUUCUGACGCAGCGAGUGGAAGAUGCGAAACAGGCUGCGUUAAAAAUUUUAGGUAAAUCACCGUAUGGAAGUAAAAGAAUGAGACUAACUGAAGAGACAGAGAGAUUUAAAGAGGAUAACGUCAAGAGACCGAGAACUGAUUUUGAAGAAGGGAUAGAAGCCAGCAGUACUACUGAGGAACUGAAAUUACAAGUUCAGGCAUAUAGAGAUAAGAUAGAAGAAUUGAGUAAGAAGUUGGAAGAGAAGGAAGGAGAAACGGAAAGUCUUCAAGAUCUUAAUCAUACUCUCAUUGUGAAAGAACGCAAAAGCAACGAUGAGUUGCAGGAAGCUCGCAAAGAACUGAUCAACCAAUUGAAGGGAACAGGUAAUAGUCAUGCUAGCGUCCGCUAUAAAAGAAUGGGGGAACUUGAUUCUAAGCCUUUCCAGGAAGCAUGCAAGAAGAAAUAUAGCGGCCGUGAAGAAAGAGAUGUGAAAGCCUUGGAGCUCUGCAGCUUAUGGGAAGGUCACAUUAAAGACUCGAAUUGGUUUCCAUUCGUAAAUGUCGAGAUUGGGAAUAAUAACUAUAAGGAGAUAAUUGAUGACAAGGAUGACAAGCUGAAUAAACUGCGGAACGACUUGGGUGAUGACGUAUUUAAAGCUGUAACAACUGCCUUAACAGAGAUGAACGAAUAUAAUGCAAGUGGGAGGUACAUAGUCGCAGAACUGUGGAACUUCAAAGAGGAAAGAAGGGCAACAUUAAAAGAGGGAAUUCAAAGAUUAAGCAAAUAUAAGCGAAUGAAGAAGUGA